AUGAGUGGCAAGGGAAAGAAGGGAGGAGACAAGGGCGGAGAGCUCAAACCUUGUGUACAAAUCAAGGUCAGACACAUUCUAUGUGAGAAGCAAUCAAAGGCACUGGAGGCCUACAACCUUAUCACACAGGAGGGCAAGUCAUUCGCUGAUGUUGCAAUGCAGUUUAGCGAGGACAAGGCGAGACAAGGAGGCAGUUUAGGAUGGAAGCAAAGAGGUGAUCUUGCAGGAUCAUUCUCUGAGAAAGCCUUUAGUAUGCCGAUAGGAGUCGUAUGCGAACCAAUCAGGACACAGUUUGGCUAUCAUGUUAUCUUGGUAGAGGAUAGGAAGUAG